UAUCUAAGACCACUAAUCCCCACUCAAAAACACCCAUCCUAACACUACCCCUUCACUUUUAGCAUCAAAAUCUCCAUACCAAACUGAGAAGGUUUCCGCAUAGUUGUUAGAAGUUUGAAGUUAAAAAAGAAAAAAAUAUAUAUGGCGACAACUUCUGCGGUUUCAAUGGCUAUGCCACUGACUAAUGCCACCCAAAGGAGGGUACCAAGCUCAGAGGCUUUCCUUAAGCCACUGCCAGUGAAGCCCUCAAAGGCUUUGGCAGUAUCAAAAUCAUCAAGUGGGAGGCUUCAAGUGAGGGCUUCUCUCAAGGAGAAGGCUGUGACGGGACUCACAGCAGCUGCUUUGACAGCUUCCAUGGUGAUUCCUCAGGUGGCCGAGGCAGCUGAUUCCGGGGUUACUCCAUCUCUCAAAAACUUCUUGCUCAGCAUUGUGGCUGGUGGAGUUGUAGCGGUUGCCAUUGUUGGUGCUGUGAUUGGCGUAUCCAACUUCGACCCCGUUAAGAGGACCUGAGUGAUGGAAUUCUUGAUCCUUAGAUUGAUGAAUUCUUCAUUUUUCAUGUUCUUCAUGUAUCUCUUCGCUUUUUUUAAGUAAUGGUCCUCUAUGUUAUCUUUUGUUGUGUAAUAUGAUACUCUUUCAGCUAUAAUUUCGAGGAAACUGUGAAUUCUGAAA